UACACAGGCCCGUUUCGCAUAUACUGGCAACACUCUUCCCCAGCUGAUAAUUCGGUCUGCUUUUUAUAAAUUUGAUUAUUAAAGAAAAUUAAAUCAAGAAAAUCAUGUCAGUGGUAAACGUGACGGCUGCCGAGGAGUACCAAAAGUACAUAAAUGCAGACAAGACGACCGUGGCGCUAUUCGCUGCCGACUGGGCUGAGCAGUGCGGUCAGGUAAAGGACGCCCUGGAGGAGCUCUCCAAAAUUACUGGCGAGAAGUUGCAGUUCAUUAGCCUGAAUGCCGAACAAUUUCCAGAGAUUUCCAUGAAGCAUCAGAUCGAAGCUGUACCCACGGUAAUAUUUUUCGCCAAGGGAUCCGCUGUGGACCGUGUCGACGGCGUAGACAUUGCCGCCAUUAGCACCAAAUCCAAGAAGUUAGCCGAAAGCGCCAGCAGUGCGGCGGCAACAGGACAAACGCUAGAGGACCGCUUGAAAGCACUGAUCAACACGGCUCCGAUAAUGAUCUUCAUGAAGGGCGACCGGAAUGGACCACGCUGCGGAUUCUCUAAACAGCUCAUCGCCAUCGUAAACGACACAAAUUUGCCGUAUGAGACAUUUGACAUCUUGGGGGAUGAGGAGGUCCGACAGGGCCUAAAGACCUACUCCGAUUGGCCGACCUAUCCCCAGGUUUACGUUAAGGGUGAACUAAUCGGGGGGCUAGACAUCAUCAAGGAACUGGUGGCCAACAAGGAGCUCGAAUCUACGCUCAAGGGAUAAUUCCAUCUAACUACAACCUGACCCACGAGACACAUAAAAACAGAAACAAACAUUUUGCUGAGUCCUAAGUCUUUUGUACAGUUUAAUAAAGGAUUUUCGCCAAUA